AUGCUCGGCGAGGACAAGGACUCCACAGCGUAUUUUCAGAGUGUCUCGUGCUAUUCAUCCCAAAACCUUGUCGAGUGGAGGUACGAGGGUGCAGCUCUCUCUCGAAACGACUCGAUUCCGGACCUGAAGACAAAACGUAUCGUGGAACGCCCUAAGGUCCUUUACAACAGAAAGACUAGAAAGUAUGUCAUGUACGCCCACAUCGACAAUGGCGAGGCUACAGAUGAUCUAGCAGUACGGAAGGAUGCCAGGGUGGGCGUUGCUACAGCUGACCAAAUUUGUGGCCCCUACGAGUACAAGGGGGGGUUCCGUCCUCUUGGUCAACAGAGCCGUGAUAUUGGGCUGUAUGAAGAUGACGAUGGAUCCGGAUACCUGCUUACUGAAGACAAUGUCUAA